GCUCACCGCCACCGGGAGCCGCUGGGCUUGGACGCGGCAGCUCUUCCGGGACAGCAGCUGUGACACCCCCCUAGUACAGAUUUCGGGACAGCUCUCUAGAAACUCGUUCUAAAGACGGAACCGCCACAGCACUCAAAGCCCACUGCGGAAGAGCGCAGCCCGGCCGGCCCGGGCCCUGAGACUGGACCCGCAGCGGAGCCGGGCAGCACCGCGGUUGCUUCGCCUCGCCCGACGUCCCCGCCUCCUCCACCGGCAGCCUCCGCUGGAGAGACACCCAGCCCCACCAUUCAGCGCGCAAGAUACCCUCCAGGUAGGUUGAAAGCCCACCUCUCCUUUCUCCUGGGCUGGGAGAGGUGGGUAGGGGAGCCAGACACCCAGCGGGCGGCUUGAUCGGCUGGCCCAGGGCCUGGACAGUGCCAGCCGCGGACUUCCCAGCCCUGGUGGCUCCCUGUCACUAAGCUUCUCUGUAUACCACACCCUGUUGCUUCCGGGUGGCACAACCAGAUCAAAUUAAGCGUUGCAUUUCUCAAAAUUAUUUUUCCUGAGACAUAUGCAGACACACUUAUAGAUUCAGGCCCUUUCAUAGUUUUAAUGUUUCCAUUUUGUCCUCUUUUUAUAUUUAGUUUAUGCGUGUGUAAGUUUGGGGAUCAUUUAGAGCAAUACAGAGCAUUUUCGUUUGUGUAAAACCAGAAUCAUUUGGAUGCAGAAGUUUAGAUCAUGAGAGCUCAGAAGGAAAGAGAAAAGCAUUUGAGCUGAAAACGGAGGAGUAAAAUUGAGUUUGGCAAAAGAAAGGGGAGCAGGUUUGGUUUGCACCACCUCUUCACACAUUUAUUAAAGGGAUCCAAGAUGACAGGCCUCUCCAGGCACCAGAGAUACACAGAUAACUAGGACACAGUCCCUGCAAGCUCAUUUUCUAGCUGGAAACCUCAGAAAGACACAAAGAAGAGCAAUAGGUAGGUUUUGGCAGGGAAGGACAGAAAAGACUAACGGAGACUCCUAGAGGUGCUGAAGAAAGGCAGAAGGAGAAGCGAUGAAUGAAUGAGCAGCCUUUCAUUUCAUCCCAACAGCCGGACAGCAAGAUAAGUAAUCCUUUAACCUCACACUAGCAAGUGUAUUUUUAAGGCCCCGCUUGGAAAAUAAAGGCUUGAACUGGUCUCUCCUCAUCACUGCUUCUCCCAACAGGCCCUCAUCACCUUUUUUCAAGUCAAGAUUUCAACCCCUACACGUAUGACUCAAUCAGAUUUGGAAAUGUGGAUAUGCCCUGCGUGCAAGCCCAGUAUAGCCCUUCGCCUCCAGGCUCCAGUUAUGCGGCGCACACGUACGGCUCGGAAUACACCCCGGAGAUCAUGAACCCGGAUUACGCCAAGCUGACCAUGGACCUCGGCAGCACCGAGAUCACGGCCACGGCCACCACGUCCCUGCCCAGCUUCAGUACCUUCAUGGAGGGCUACUCGAGCAGCUACGAACUCAAACCCUCCUGCCUGUACCAAAUGCAGCCGUCCGGGCCGCGGCCCUUGAUCAAGAUGGAGGAGGGCCGCGCGCACGGCUACCACCACCACCACCACCACCACCACCACCAUCACCACCAUCACCAGCAGCAGCCGCAGCCGCAGCCGUCCAUUCCGCCCCCGUCCGGCCCGGAGGACGAGGUGCUGCCCAGCACCUCCAUGUACUUCAAGCAGUCUCCGCCGUCCACGCCCACCACGCCCGGCUUCCCCCCGCAGGCGGGGGCGCUGUGGGACGACGCGCUGCCCUCGGCGCAGGGCUGCCUGGCGCCCGGCCCGCUGCUGGACGCGCCCAUGAAGCCGGUGCCCGCGGUGGCCGGCGCGCGCUUCCCGCUCUUCCACUUCAAGCCCUCGCCGCCGCACCUGCCCGCGCCCAGCCCGGCCGGCGGCCACCACCUGGGCUACGACCCGACGGCCGCCGCCGCCGCCGCGGGCAGCCAGGCCGCCGCGCUCGAGGGCCACCCGUACGGGCUGCCGCUGGCCAAGAGGCCGUCCGCGCUGGCCUUCCCGCCCCUCGGCCUCACGGCCUCCCCCGCCGCGGCCAGCCUGCUGGGCGAGAGCCCCAGCCUGCCGUCGCCGCCCAGCCGGGGCUCGUCGUCGGGCGAGGGCACGUGCGCCGUGUGCGGGGACAACGCCGCCUGCCAGCACUACGGCGUGCGCACCUGCGAGGGCUGCAAGGGCUUCUUCAAGAGAACGGUGCAGAAAAAUGCAAAAUAUGUUUGCCUGGCAAAUAAAAACUGUCCAGUAGACAAGAGACGUCGAAACCGAUGCCAGUACUGUCGAUUUCAGAAGUGUCUCAGCGUCGGAAUGGUUAAAGAAGUUGUCCGUACAGACAGUCUGAAAGGAAGGAGAGGCCGGCUGCCUUCCAAACCAAAGAGCCCGUUGCAGCAGGAACCUUCUCAGCCCUCGCCACCUCCUCCUCCCGUUUGUAUGAUGAAUGCUCUCGUCCGAGCUUUAACAGACUCAACACCCAGAGAUCUUGAUUAUUCCAGAUACUGCUCCACUGACCAGGCCGCGGCGGGCACAGACGCUGAGCACGUUCAGCAGUUCUACAACCUUCUGACAGCCUCCAUUGACGUAUCCCGAAGCUGGGCAGAAAAGAUUCCGGGAUUUACUGAUCUCCCCAAGGAAGAUCAGACGCUACUCAUAGAAUCAGCCUUUUUGGAGCUGUUUGUUCUUAGACUCUCCAUCAGGUCGAACACAGCUGAAGAUAAGUUUGUGUUCUGCAAUGGACUUGUCCUGCAUCGACUUCAGUGCCUUCGUGGAUUUGGGGAGUGGCUCGACUCCAUUAAAGACUUUUCCUUAAAGUUGCAGAGCCUGAACCUUGAUAUCCAAGCCUUAGCGUGCCUGUCAGCACUGAGUGUGAUCACAGAACGACAUGGGUUAAAAGAACCAAAGAGAGUGGAGGAGCUAUGCAACAGGAUUACAAGCAGCUUAAAAGACCACCAGAGCAAGGGGCAGGCUUUGGAGUCCACUGAGUCCAAGGUCCUGGGUGCCCUGGGGGAGCUGCGGAAAAUCUGCACGCUGGGCCUCCAGCGCAUCUUCUACCUGAAGCUGGAAGACUUGGUAUCCCCGCCUUCCGUCAUCGACAAGCUCUUCCUGGACACCCUGCCUUUCUGAGCAGGAGCAGCCGGCACAGGUGCCGCCUCACCUGCGGGCACCUGCCAGCCCAGCAGCAGAGGGAUGGGACUGGACACCUCCCAUUUCCUGGCCUUCCUUAAGAGAAGCAGCAGCUCCUGUAGAAAACAAAGACUUUUUUUUUUUUCUGGCACUUUUCCUUACAACCUAAAGCCAGAAAACUUGCAGAGUAUUGUGUUGGGAUUGUGUUUUAUAUCUAGGCUUUGGGAGGGUGGGGGGCGGUAUGGGGGUAUAGUUCAUGAGAGUUUUUCUAAGAAUUGCUAACAAAGCACUUUUGGAUGAUGCUAUCCCAGCAGGAAAAAAAAAAAAAAGAAUAAUAUAACUGUUUUAAAACUCUUUCUGGGGGAAUACAAUUCUAGUUGUUUUGUAUUAAAAAGAACAGCCGAGAGUUGUUCGCCAGGGUAGGCUGUGUUUGAGAAUGAUCCCUUUAGAAUACACUUCCUGUAUCAAGGGUAUGUAUGUGACACAAACAAGGCAGAAAUUCCCUUUUCUUCAUUUCUUUCUUCCUAUAUUUUAUUUUAACAAAUGGUGAAAGAUGGAGGAUUACCUAGAAAUCAGACAUAGCAAAAAUGAUAAUGGCUGUUCGCUUCCAUAUACAAGUGCAAUUUUUAAAGUGCUGUCUUACUAAGUCUUGUGCAUUAACUCUAUUUAGUAUGGAAAUAAAAAGGAGGCAAGCAGGUUAGCAAAUGACAUGUGCUAGUUUUCCUAGUAGAGGCUUCAUCCACCUGCCCAUUUGAAACCCUUUUGAGGUAUGGUCCAUCCAAGAGUUUUUGGCCAUUCUUGAUGGAACCAGAUCCCUGCCCUGACUAUCCAGCUGCAUACGGCUGUUUUGGUGUGUUCUGUCAGCCCUGCCAGAGUUCCCUAAAUUCGCUUUAGUCGUAGUGGCUGACUGACACAUUCAUUCAGAAGCUGUGGGAACAUUCAGUCUGUCAGGCAUGCGUUUGAUCCCUAGCGGAGGAGAUACAAAGAAGCAGGAACUGGAUCAUACAGGGUAAGCAUCAGGGAUAGUAAGGUUUAUAUGUAUAUAUAUAUAUAUAUAUACACAUAUAUAUAUAUAUAUAGUUUAACUUUUGCUAUCAGUUAAAGAGACGGUUUUGAAGAGCAAGCAAGUCUUAUUAAAAAAGAAAUAGUAUGAAUGUGAGCACUAGAAGAAUUAGCUACGUUUCAACAUUCCGUGUUCGUACUCCCUUUUCUAUGUUUAUACUGUUAAUGCCAUAUUAUUAUAAUUUGUUGCAUAGUGUUCUUAUUUGUAUAAACAUUUGUAUGCACGUUCUAUUGUGAUAGCUUUGCCUGUAUUUAUUGCCAGACCAAGAGCUCCUGGAAGCUGAGUAACAGAGUACUUAACCUGAGGUAUUCACGGUGACUUGGAUACAUCAGUUAGAAAAAAAUAAAUAAACAAAUGUAUCUAUAAAAUAUAGCAGGUUACAUAUAUAUUUAUAAUGUGUCUUUUUAUUAACCGUUUGUACAAUAAAUGUCACUUACCAUGCAGUUAUUUUAUGGUUCAUUUGCAGUGACUUUUAAGGCAGUACUGUUUAGCACUUUGAUAUUAAAAUUUUGCUUAUGUUUUGCUAAAUUCAAAUAAUGUUUGAAGAUUUUUAGGUCUAAAAAUCUUUAUAUUAUAUACUCUGUAUCAAGUUGAAAUAUCUUUGGUCGUUUUGCUAAGAAACAAACUUUGAAUGUCAAACUGAUGUCACAGUAGUUUUUGUUAGCUUUAAGUCACUUUUGCUUCAGUCUUUUUAAAGGAAACGGUAACAAAAGUAUGCUGUUUAUAUUGUCAUUAAAUUAUACAAUCAAAUGCCAAAUGAAUUGCCUAAUUGCUGCAAAGGAUGACCCAGAUAGCAAAUCAUAUAUGUUUUUUUUUUAGAGCCCUUCUGAUAUUUGAUCAUGUAUUAUGUUUGUGUGAGCUUUGUAGAAAGAUUAUUAUUUUUGUAACAAGGUGAUAAGAUCUUGGAAUCUUAGACUUGGAAAGGGCUUGACUUGUCAACCAUUCCAACCCCCCUCAAGUUCAUAGAGGAGGAAACGGUGGCCUAAUGAAGGGUAAAGCUAGUUAACACAAUCAAGACUAGAUCCUAACUCCCCUUUCCAUAGUCUUUCUACUCAACUGACUGCAUCUGUAGGAAAGCAGGCUUUUAAACAUAACCGCUAAUAUUUACAUUAUACCUGAAGAUAACCAUGGAUGAAGUCAUAGUACUUUUGCAUUAAUUUUCUAGCUUAUAAGCAAACAUAAUAAGCAUUAUUAAAUAUCAGGAAAGCUAACAUUUCAUGCCAGAUAGCUUCAGACCAAAUUCAAAUUGGAUUUGAAUAAAUUAGACAUAUUGUGCGUAUAUAACCUCCUGUGCACCAUUAAAUAUUUGGAAAGUUAAUCUUUGCUUUUGUCCUGUCUGUAAAAGAAAAGCAAAACAAAAAGAGCCCUGGAGAAAUGCUGUUACUUUGCAUUUUUACACCCAUCAGAUUGAAGGAAAACACUUUUCAGCUGCAAUAGCUACUGGUUGGAAGGAAAGAAGCCUUUUUUAGUAAUAGGUCCAGACACUAGUGCUGAAAAUAAACAUCUUAGCCGGUGUGCUUCUGUCUUCCACCAGUUAUCACAACUGGGAGAGCCUCCCAAGUCAUCUGUCAGUUCAACUCUCUCUUUUUGUCUUAAUGUUGACACACAAGUUCAUACAGAACGGACGACCACAACAGUGCAGUAGAGAGUGUAAAGCAGGGGCCUCUUCCCUUCGGCAGGAGAACUCUCUCGGUUCUCAGUAGGAGCAUGCCUUCUGUGGGCGGACACGAGGACUCCACUAGCUGCUCCUGAGAAAUACCUUGCUUUUAUUUCAGACAGCAGAGGUUUCCAAAGUUUGUCCGCUCCUCUAACAGCACUGCUCUUUAGCGUGUGUUACAACCUGUGGUUUGAAAGAAAUGCUCUUGUACAUUAACAAUGUAAAUUUAAAUGAUUAAAUUAAAUCACAUUUUAUCAAUGGCUA